CCCACCAGGCUCCCCUGUCCCUGGGAUUCUCCAGGCGAGAGUACUGGAGUGGGAUGCACAACUGAACACAGUGCAGUUAAAUAAAGUUGUUAAAGAGCCUAUGGAAAAUCAACAAUCUCAGGGAAUCUGUGUGAGACACAUUCUGUUCAUGAGCCACAUAGCAAUAAUAUUAAAAUCAAUUUUUAAAAAUCCCAUAUUUCUGAAACAAAGUCAAAACCGUAGUGAAUGGCCAUCCUUUAAAAGGGAAAUCAUGAGGAAAUUAUAACUUUCCAGUUUCCCGUAAUUGGUCCCCUGUGCUUCGCCUUUUAAAGGCGUUUCCUUAUGUAUCUUGUUAACAUAUUAUCCCAGCUUUUUUUGGGUUUCUUUUGCACCAGUGUGUCCUGGCAUUCCGCUUUCUGUCUCUUUACUUCCCAGGUGUCUGUAUCUCCGUGUAAAUUUGUGUCUUCAGUGAUCUACUUCUGGACCUUGCCUUUUCCUCCAGUUUGAAAGUAGUUGUUUGGGAUGUUCAACUCAUUCACGUUUUUUUGCAGACGCUAUUAUAUUCGGGCUGGAAACUGCCAUGUUGUCCCGUGUUUUCCUAAUAUCAUACUUCUAUUUGUGUUUCUUUUAUGUUUCACUGGGCAGAUCGCAUUUCUUCUUCUUCUUCUUCUUUUUUAAGUCUCCAGUGUUUAGAUCACGCUAAGGCAUCUAAUUCCUGAUAUCUCUACUUUAAGGUGGAGAACUUAAUUACGAGUUCAAGGGUGGACUGAAGAAGCAUGGCUGAAGAAGCAGAAAGUGAAGAUGUUGGAGCCGCAGGCCCCGGCUCUGUGUUCCCUCCAACCGGAGGGCAGGCGCGUAGCCCCCACGAGGGGGCGCCGCAGAGCGCGGAGGCGGCUAGAGGCGGCCAUGGCGUCUCUGGGAGUUCCCCGCGGCGGCGGCGGCAGCUCCUUAGGCCUUCUGGUCUGGCUCUUGUUCCUUUGGCCACAGCUCUGUGAGACAGGGCCGGCAAGGACUGGAGGUGGCUAGGCUGCACUGAUGCAUGGCAGCUGGGGCUGACGGCUGGACUAGGGCUGGGGGACGGAAGGGGGAGCUGGGGAUGGUGCCCUGGGCAGAGGCCGGUGCUGACGGGCCGCACUCCAGGCCGCUCCUUUUCUCACUGGUCCCUGGCCUCCCUCAGGUGAGCGUGCCAGACCCAAGGAGGAUUCUGCAAUGAGCCGGGCAAACGCAGAGGCCCCCUCAGCUCCAGGACCCCUGAAAUCUGAGGCGGUUCCAACUGCUCCAGGGCUGCCUACACCCCCAGUGGAAGAUGUUCUGCAGACCCCGCCUCCCUUUGGAGGGUCGUUCGUACCAGGAACAUGUGGCCAUCGGAAGAUGAGGAUAGUUGGUGGAAUGCCAGCCCCAGACAGAAAGUGGCCCUGGCAGGUGAGCCUGCAGAUCAACAAUGUACACGUGUGCGGAGGCUCCCUCAUUGCCCCGCGGUGGGUACUGACUGCAGCUCACUGCAUAUUUGGCUUUGAGGAAUAUACAGUGCGGAUGGGAAGCACACUGUUACGUCCCCAAUUGGGAAUGGUCAUUCCAGUUCGAGACAUCGUUUGCCAUAGCUUUUAUGAUGUUAGAACUUUGAUUAAUGACAUAGCUCUUGUUCUGCUGGCCCACUCUGUGAAUUAUUCUGCAUCCAUCCAGCCAGUGUGUCUCCCUGUAAAGAAUUUUGAAGCGGAAACUGGGACACGGUGCUGGGUGACUGGAUGGGGCCAACUGAAGGAAGACGCCAAAGUGCUGCCAGAAAUUCUUCAGGAGACUGACCAAAUCCUUCUUCGCCACACACUAUGUAAUAAGAAAUUGCAGACACAUUUAGGAUAUCGUCGUACAUUAGUUCGAAAAGGGAUGAUCUGUGGCUAUCACGAAUAUCUUAAAAGCCCCUGCAAGGGAGAUUCUGGGGGUCCCCUGGUCUGUGAAUUUGAUGACACCUGGGUCCAGGUGGGGAUUGUGAGUUGGGGCAUUGCCUGUGGUCGCAGUGAAUUGCCUAUAGUUUAUACAGAAGUUAGCUCCUACAAGGACUGGAUCACUGAUCACAUCAUUAAGGUGCCCUCCUGUGCCUCAGCUGGAUUCUUGAUCCUGUCACUGUCCCUGGUGUUGCCCCUGGGCCUCCUGGUGGCCCUGUGAUCACCCUGGUCCACGUUCCCCCCGUUUUUGAGUCUCACAUUAGCUCUGCCUCUGACCUCUCACUCCUACUCAGUGCUGUUUCCUCAAUUCCAUUUGGGAUCCACUGACCCUGUGGAGAUCCACAUGACAGAAAGUGGUAGCAAGGAAGGAACCCUGGAUGUUUCCCAGCCUGCUGUUCCAGGCACCUGCAUUAUCAUGCCUUCUUCUUGGCUGUGCUCUGCCUGCCGGGAAGGAGUGGGUGAAACCAUCCCAGCUGGAUGGACAGCAACCUGCCAGGUGAUGCUUCAUGAUUCUUUAUCUACGUCUGGGCAUCAUCUAACAAAGAAGAGACAUCAUCAACGGUGCAACAGCAUUAGACCUGACACUUUAUCAAACCAGUCUGCGUGGUGAUUGUUAGGAGAGACUGAGGAGGCCUCACCGUGUUCGCUUCUGACUCAGUUGUCUGGGUUAGCAGAAGGUCCCCUGCUGCCCAGUGUGGAUCCGAGUCCCCAUUCUUUGCCACACAAAUCUUCCUGGGGCAACUCAGUCUUGGAACCUUCUUCUCAGUGCUCCAGCGGUCACAUGCAAGCUCACCCCAAGUUGUGUUGAGGCAGUUAUGGAGUAUGGAGAUUUCUGA